GUCUGAAGUCUGACUCCGAAGACUGUUCGAAGUCUGAAAGUGGAACAGCAUGCAUGUUGUCUCGUGAGUCUUUGUGUGAGAGACAAGAUUCAGAAUCAAAGCGAUCCCCCCUGCCAGUUUGCAUGCCAUUUGGAUAAUCCAUGGUGUCCACAAAGAUUGGAAAUAUCGUAUCAUAGCAGAUGAGGUUUUGUAAUCACACAAAGACAGUGCCCUGCCUUCAUCUGGCUGCCCGUUUGCGAGCUACGGGAGUAGAUUGGUUGAUUCAGUGGUGGUUAAUAUCAUCAUUCAGGCCUGCGGGGAUGCUGUGGCCACCGGCUGGGAGAUAGACUGACGGACCGUCAGUUCUGGCCCUCUCAAAUGGUCUGAAGAAAGAGUCCUGAGCCCAGCAUGUGCUUUGUUGAAAUGUUGGGCUGUUGGCAUAGUAUCAGCAUUCCUUUCCGAAUGUGAUUCAUAGGGCCAGCUGAUCAAAGCAUUUGAAACCGUUUUUGCUCACUAAUCCCGAUCGUUGCAUAGGUCGGGUCCUUAUACACAUCUUCAGAGCCCUUUGGACACAAGAUUUUGAACUGGUCUUGGAGCAGCGCCCUCUGUUCGGCAAGACCUGGUCUUGCGUAGCUUGUCAGAGACAGAACUGGUUUCGACCAUCUUGCCACGGGGAAUUGUUGCAGAAUUUGCAGCCUUUGGCAAGCUGAGCUCAAGAAAAAAGCAAAAUGGGGAUGCUGGAGAUGAAUGAUCGAAAAAAAAUUGGCCUUGGCUUGACGGGCUUUGGAGUACUCUUCACAUUCCUGGGGGUUAUUUUCUUCUUCGACAAAGGCCUCCUGGCUAUGGGAAAUAUUCUCUUCCUCUCUGGUAUGACCCUCACAAUCGGAUUCAAGUCCACAUGGAACAUAUUCUUGAACAAGCGGAAUCACAGGGGUUCGGCAGCUUUUCUGGGGGGGCUUUUUCUCGUACUAAUAGGAUGGCCCUUCAUCGGCAUGAUUGUAGAAGCAUAUGGUUUCGUCUAUCUUUUCAGCGGUUUCUGGCCCACAGCACAAAUGUUCUUGCUACGAGUCCCUGUUUUGGGCUGGAUUCUUAAUCAGCCGUUUUUCCGACAGUUCGGCAUCCGAAAACAAGAAAGAGUGACGGUUUGACACUGUUGAAACGAACGUCUACCUCUAUAACGACGGCCAGUCGACCAGCUGGAAAAGGAACGCCAGAGUGGCAUUGGUUCUGUUGUGAGCCACCCCAAUCUCUUGCAGCCGUCACACCUCGAACUUCAUCAGGAAUCAUCAGUGCUUUAUUUGUAAGCUGUCCGACCAUUACGAUCCGACGGAUGCAAGGACGGAAAGCCGGAAUUGGCGGGUAUACCUUGCUAGUGCAUGUUUGAUGUUAUGUGAAGUUGAGUUCGGGGCCCGGGUUCUGGUCCUUUUAAGUCCACCACUUAAAACCAGUUUACACAAGUUAGCUUUGGUUGCACUAUGUUGAGAUGUGAAGUCCGAUACCUCAAUCUUCUUCUGACAAUGCCACAUGUGGUUGACGCCUUUACACGCGUUGGAACUGAUACUUACUUUGAUACGGGUGUCAUGACCAGGCUUCUUUAAAGCUGAUUGCAAACGGGCC